AUGCACAAAAUUACAGAGUUCCACAUGCAACAAAACAACUGUUACUUAAACCUCAUCGGAUCCAUUUUUAUUUGCAAUAUUCACAUACCUUUCAAAGUAAAGUUCCAAUUUUUAACAAAUUUGACUUACUCUACUGCCUGCCAGACAGACCCACAGGAUUCUGUUAUAACUGAUGGUAACUACUUUUCCACACACUCCUACUGUUUAAGAUACACUAUUGUAACAAUUUAUGAUGUUAAGAUCAGCACAAAGCCAUUGCCCCCUUUUCUGGCUUUUGCCUAUUUAAGGAUUAGCCCUUACACCACAACUAAUAUAUAA